AUGUCAUCAUUGCCAAAACUGCUUCCCGAAAUUUUAAUAGAAAUAUUAAAUUACUUGAAAAUUCCAUUAUUCCUAGGUCUCAAAGAACGACAACGCGUAAACUUGCAAUCUCUAUAUUCUUGUCUGUGUGUAUCUAAACAAUGGUGCAAUAUCGUUGCUCCGCUAUUAUGGGAUCAACCAUUCAGUUAUAUUGAUUAUCAAUCUGAUAGUGAUAGAUUAAUGCUUGUUAAUGUCUACCUUGGAUCCAUUUCUCAAUCAGAACGCGAGAAUAUUGAAGCAACUGGAAUCACAUUUCCCAAAAAUUUACGGCAACCAUACCUUGAUUAUCCGUCAUAUCUCAAGAAUUUGCACUACGGUGUUUUAUUAAAUGCCGUACAACUGUGGUGUAGAAAAAAUUCAGAGAAAAAUGUAAAUCCGUUGUCUGUUCAACUACUUAUGAACGAAGAAAAUAAUCAAGAACCUGAAGAAGAGAAAGGUCUCAUGUCUCGUUGCUGGU